AUGGCGGGGGCUUCCGAGUUGGUGAGCCUUUCGCCUCCGCGGGACGUGGAGCGAGCGGCCGGGACAGAAGACCGCACCCCGGGCCCCGCUACUCCCCGCGAGGACUUCCGCGUGCGCUGCACCUCGAAGCAGGCCGUGCUGGAGCUGGUGGAACUGUGCGGCCGCUUCGUGCGACAGCUCGGGGACGCGCUGCCGGAGGAGAUUCGGGAGCCCGCGCUGCGAGACGCGCAGUGGACUUUUGAAUCUGCUGUGCAAGAGAAUGUCAGCAUUAAUGGGCAGGCAUGGCAAGAAGCUUCAGAUGAUUGUUUCAGGGAUUCUGAUAUCAAAGAACUUGAAGAUCACUUUGAUGAAAUCAUAGUAGACUUAGCCACAAAACGUAAGCAGUAUCCCAGAAAGAUCCUUGAAUGUGUCAUAAAAAUUAUAAAAGCAAAACAAGAAAUUCUGAAGGAAUACCACCCUGUUGUACGCCCAUUGGACCUAAAAUAUGACCCUGAUCCAGAAAUAUUAAUUGUGUGUAUACUUGGGAUAUUCUUUUGAAAUUUUCUAUAUUCAUUCAAUGAUGUUUUGGAAAAAGAUGGGGAGUUUGUGAACCUCAAGUCAACUUGACUAGAAGUCUAAGAUACUUCUAAAAACACAAAUCAGCUUUCAUUCUCUGCUUAAAAUCCUAAAAGCUUCCAAUUUUAAAAUAUACAAUAAACUUCAAACUUCUUGGCAUUCCCCUUACAUAAUCUGGCUCCCAACCUACCUCUCCAAAUUCAUUUCAGGCACGUACCUUUUUGCUCUAACCACCCUAAUUAAAAUAGCUUCUUCUCAAUUCUCAAUCAUAACACUUAUUUCCUUAAUAGCAUUUGUUACAAUAUGCAAGUAUUUGUGUGUUCCCUUGCUUAUGGUCUUUAAUAAAACUGAAAAGUCCAUGAGCUUUCUUGAGUUUGCAUUAUGUAGCCAGCAUAUGGCACCAUGCUCAAUAAAUACUGAAUGACCACUCUUCAUCUACAUAGUCAGUAUGUUUAUUGAGUGUCUGCUAUAGGCCAGAACUGUUCUCAAUGUGGAGAAUAUAAUGGUGGCCAACACAGACAAGAUCCUUGCUCUUUGGAUCUUACAUUCUCGUGGGAACAGAAGAGUAUAAACAAAUCUAAAAAUAAAUAAUAUCAGCACUAGAGUGGUUGUUUAGGUAUGGGAAACACUUUUCUGAGGAAGUAACAAGAAGGAAUUUAUCUUGUGACAAGAGGAAGAGCUUUUCAGUUAGAGAGAAGAGCUAGAACAAGUUUCUACAUUAAGACUGGGCUUGAGUAUUUAUGGAACAAAAGACCACUGAGGCGGUAGUGGAGGGAAUAGAGGGAAAGAGCAUUACAGGCUAAGGCUAAGGCUAGAUAACACAGGUAGGAGUUUGAAAGUCUUUGGUGCCUUAAGAGAGAGACAGUACUGAAGGAGCUGGCGGGGUGCAGGUGGGAGCGGAUGCAGAAGGUUACACACCCGCUACAGAUCUGUUUAAGUUGUAGCGUAGGGUUAUCUUCCAGAAAGUCACAAAUCACAGCUCAGUUUCUGGUUUCAUUUUUACCAGGAAUGCUGCUUUACUCCAUGGUUCUUAUGUUUUUAGUUACUCCUUUAGAACCAGUGCAAGCCAGCCAUUCUAUGUUAUGUCUGCUCAUGUACAUGCGUGCUCACUCAUGCUCUAAAAUACAUUGGAAAUAGAAAGGAAGCACUCAGUUAACACUUUUUUGAUGAAUUUCUGAAUUUUUGCAGGCUUUUGGAAUUUUAUGUUUCCUAGUUUAGUCAGUCCAGUGACCUGAAAGCAAAACUAGGUUGAUUACUCAAUCUUUCACUUCCACUUUUUCAUUUCCCUAUGUUUUAGAAAGCCAGUGACUAGGGAAGGCAGUAUCUUCAAGGGUGCUUAACUUCCACAUUUUAAAGAACAAACUUGUUUUUUUAAUAUCCUUGCAUCAAUCUUCUGAUUAGCUGUCUACCAAUCGGAUGAGUUUUCAUAAUCUUUUGGGAUCCUACUAAUAAAACUAAUAAUUGCUCCCAUAUUGUCUUCUUUUUCAAAAUGUUCUUUGAAGUUAAUUAAAGAGACUUUUCCCCCUCGUCCUUCACUAAACACGUAGUGAUGACAAGGAGCUAUUUUAAGGUUCUCUGCAGUAGACUUGAUGAUACUUCCAGUUCUUUUGCUGACCCUAUAAGCAGAGGACUUAAGAGCCAGUUCCUCUUCUUCCUAAUAAUGCCAACUUGCUUAAGCCACUGCCAGCAUUUUUACAGGUAGCCACCCACAUAUAAAUUGUUAUGUUUCAAGAAUUCAUAAUUAACCUGAGCUUUGGCAUUUGAAAUGCAUUUCCCCCUGAAAAAAACAAAUUUAUCAUUUACUAGAAGCCUAAGCAACUGUUACGGCGGAACGACCAGAACGACUGGUGUGCACUGACCUCCUGGGGGACACCGCUCAG